AUGUUACAUAUAGUUAAACCGAUGUUUUUUUUUCCUCUCCUGUUCUCAAACUCCAUUAAACUAGAUAUCCAGCCAUGUCUUAAUUGUGCAGUUUUAAUGUUACAUAUAGUUAAACCGAUGUUUUUUUUUUUCCUCUCUUGUUCUCAAACGACAUUAAACUAGAUAUCCAGCCAUGUCUUAAUUGUGCAGUUUUAAUGUUACAUAUAGUUAAACCGAUGUUUUUUUUUUCCUCUCGUGUUCUCAAACGUCAUUAAACUAGAUAUCCAGCCAUGUCUUAAUUGUGUAGUUUUAAUGUUACAUAUAGUUAAACCGAUGUUUUUUUUUUCCUCUCCUAUUCUCAAACUCCAUUAA